AUGGCGGAGAGUGGGAGUGUCAGAGCUUACAUAAAUUGGAGAGGCAAAGAGCAGCCGCCGGCGGACGGGGGCAGGCGAGAGACGAGAAGAGAAACGGCGGAGGCCGGAGGAACGACGAGCGACCGCCCGACGCCGGUUAUUGGAGAGGCAAAAAGCAACCGGCGGCGGGAGAGAGACGAGAUGAGAGCGAAAGCCGAAAGGUUGUUCAUACAUUCACUUGGUUGGGCUGCAUACACAAUGGAUUCGAGCUCACAGACAUCCAUUACACACCAACAGCUUGUAGUCACGCCCGGGGGAACUAAAUAUUGGAUACUGGAAUUCGUUGAAUCAGCCAAACCUUACAACGGGCAGAGGUUUCAAGAACUACACGAAGCUGUCGAUUUCUACAAGAGAUAUGCUCUCAUUGUUGGUUCCGAUGUGAGGCACAACACCUUAAUAAAAUCACGUGACAAGACAAUCCUCUGGAAAUGCAUGACAAAGUGGGUGGAAUCAUAUUUGACGAGAAUUGUCACAGGGCAUAUGAUACAACCGGACAUUGUGUUGAACGAUUGA